AUGACAGAAGAAGCAAGUGCAGAUGAUUUUCAAGUUCGGGAUUUUCUGAAGAAGAGGAAGAAAAAGAAGAGAAAACACACAGAAUACAGUAAGGAACAUGAAAAUGAGGAAGGAGAAAGACAAAAUGCAGAGCUUAGCUGUGCUUCUCCAUUGCAGUUUGAAGAUCGAGCAGUGCAGAGUGGUGAAAGCUCUAAAAGGAAGAAAAAAAAACAAACCAAGAAGCAGAACCAACAGCGUUUGUUUGGUAAUUCCCGUGUAGGACAGGAACAUGAAAUUAGCAAUGGAACUGGAGUGGAUGGCUCCCGAAAGAAAAAAACGAAGCAGAAGCGUAAUGAUAGUAUAGAUGAUCAGAAUGAUACAGUGUGUGUCACAGUAAAUCAGCAAAGCACUGAUAGUUGUCAGAAGAUCAAGAGUGAUUACAUCUAUUUAAAACAAUCUGCUAAGAGGAAAAGAAAAAAAUUGUCUGAAGUGGAUGAGGUACCUGAGCUGCCUAUCUCAGAAACAUGUGAUACAAAUGACAAUGAAAUAUCGAAAAGGAAGAAGAAGAAAAAGAAGAAAAGAGCCAGUAGUACCCAAGACAUGCAAGAAGACGCAGAUGUAAGCGUUGACCAGUUGCUGUUGUCAUCUCCAGAGCAAGACAGACAAGAGGAAGACGCCGUCUUGCCGUCACCUGCAGAGGAUGUGGCAUCACCCCAGCACUGGCUUGAAGAUGAUGACUGUGAUGCUUCCUCUGCCAUGAAUGAAGAUUCCACAGUUGCAGCUGCUCAUUCUUCUAAGGUGACGAAAAGAGCGGAUCGACCUCGAAAAACUCCAGAAAAACGUGCUAGAAAAGUAAAAAAACCCAGUGCUUUUGUUAUGGAAGAAAACUCUUCAAACUCUGAUGUAAUCACACCAGAACCCUCAGCAUCAAGUAGAAAGGACCAGAAUAGUUCCUUUACUGAAAUGGUAGCCUCUGAUGAGCUUAGUCCAGAUGAUGAAGAGGAGUGCCUGGACUCUAGCAUGUUUUCAACAUUGGAUUUGGAUACUGCAAGACAGCAAUUGGAAGAGUUUAUUCCUCAUGUGAGGAAUAUGUCAGACAAUUCAAUCAGGAAGAUGGCUGGAAGAGAUCUAAUGAGGUUUAAACAGUUUAAAAAACAAGGUAUUCCUGUCAAGUUUGGCAGAUUUUCCCAAAAAGAAAAUGAUCAAAUCCGGAAAAAUAUUAAAGAGUUCUUAUCAAUCACUGGUAUAGACAGUGCUGAAAAACUCCUGUUUACCUCGAGGUAUCCAGAAGAUAAAGAAACUAUCCAUCACCUAAAAGCAGAACAUCUUUUCUGUGAAAAACUUUCUGAGGGCAUACCACGACCCUGGAGGCUGAUAUAUUAUCGAGCAAGGAAAAUGUUUGACCCAAAUAAUUAUAAAGGGAGGUAUACUAAGGAAGAAAUAGAAAAAUUAAAGAAGUAUCAUGCUCUGCACGGCAAUGAUUGGAAGAAGAUUUCAGAGAUGAUGUCUCGUUCUAACCUCUCAGUUGCUAUGAAAUACUCUGAAAUCAAGUCGGCUAUUAAUUAUGGUCCUUGGUCAAAGGAAGAGACCCAGAAGUUAAUAAAUGCAGUGGAGCAGGUGAUGAGGAAAAGAAUAGAAAUGGAGGAUGCAAAUUCUCUUUCGUCAUCGGAAAAGUCACAUAGAGAUCUCUUGAUUGACCGUGAGAAACUAUACCAGAAAUUACCAUGGACUGAGAUUGAAGCUAAAGUGGGAACUCGAUACUGGAGACAAUGUAAACAGAAAUGGACUACAAUUUUAACAAACAAGAUGACCAAAGGGCAGCAAUUAUAUAGGGGGACCAAAGGAUUACAGGCCAAGAUCAAUCUUAUUAAAAGGUUGUAUGAAAUGAAAGUGGAGGAUGCCAAUGAAGUAAACUGGGAAGAGCUCAGUGAUACUAUUGGUGAUGUCCCUAGGGCCUAUGUUCAAGCAAAGUUUUAUAAGCUAAAAGUCUCCUGUGUCCCUUUUUGGCAAAAAAAGACUUUUUCUGAAAUUAUUGAUUAUCUUUAUGAAGAGAAACUUCCAGAAUUUGAAGAAAAGUUAGCAAAAAGGGAGGAGAAACACCUUAGUUUGAAAAAAUCAACAGCCGGGCAUCAGAAAAAGACUUUCCGAUUCAGUGACAUUUUUUACUCCAGUGAAGACAGUGAUUGA